CCGCGUCAUCGCGGACUUCACUCUGUACACAAAAGAAGUUAUUUGGGCGGACUCUAUAUUUACCAAUAAUUUGAUAAUUUUGUUCAAUAACGGGAAAAUCCGUUUGUUCACUUUCCAGGAUGUCAACAGCAGGUCAGGUGAUCAGGUGCCAGGCGGCUGUGGCGUGGGGGCCCGGGAAGCCUCUGACCAUUGAGGAGGUGCAGGUGGCUCCACCCAAGACCCACGAAGUGCGCAUCAAGGUGAUUGCCACAGGCGUGUGCCUCGCAGACUGGGAGUACCUGUAUGCGCCCGGGACAGGCACCAAGCUGCGGCCGUUCCCGCUGGUUCUGGGCCACGAGGCCGCGGGGGUCGUGGAGAGCGUCGGCCCCGGAGUCAACGGGUUCUCGCCCGGUGACAAAGUCAUUCCCCUUCUUCAGCCAAACUGUGGGGCACGUGAAGGACGUCGCAGCGCUGAGAGCGUCCAGCGCAGGAAGGACUGGGCAAACACACAAGUGGGUGUGAUGGCCGAUGGCACAAGCAGGAUAUCUUGCAGGAGCCAACAAGUGUACCAAUACCUCGGGGUAGCUUCUUUUUCCCAAUACACAGUGGUCUCCGAUGCCUCGCUCGCCAAAAUAAAGGUUGAGGUGCCGCUGGACAAAGUGUGUCUCCUGGGCUGCGCCGUCUCCACCGGCUACGGCGCCGCUAGGAAUGUAUGCAAGGUGGAAGAAGGCUCCCGCUGCGCCGUGUUCGGCCUCGGCGCCAUCGGCCUGGCGGCCGUCAUGGGCUGCCGGGCCGCCGGCGCCGAGCAGAUCAUCGCCGUGGACUACAACUCGGACAUGUUUGACAACGCCCGACUGUUCGGAGCCACUUACUGCGUCAACCCCAGAGACGUCGGCAGGCCCAUCCAGAGGGUUCUAGCGGACAUGACGCAGGGCGGGGCGGACUACGCCAUGGAGUGUGUCGGAAGUCCGGGUUUCAUGAGCGCCGCGCUGGAGUCCACGGCAGGCGGCUGGGGCACCUGCGCCAUCGCCGGGUGGACGGACGCCGUGAAACCGAUGAGCGUCAGUGCCGAAAACAUCCUGACGGGACGCACCUUGAAGGGGACCUACUUUGGAGAUUGGGAGGGCGUGGAGGGCGUGGAGGAGCUGGUGCUCAAAUACAAGAACAAAACGCUGAUGCUGGAUGAGUUCAUCACCCACAACCUCCAUCUGGACCAAAUCAAUAAGGCCUUUGAUUACAUGGAUUGCAGUAAAAGCAUCCGCACUGUAAUCCAUCUGUGGGAAGGAGAGGCCACACAAACCCCAUAAGAUCAAGCACACACGUCCGCUGUGUGUUUCUGACUUUUCCUCAAGUAUGAAGGAGCACCAUGGCCACUAGAGGGCACACUUAUAUCAUGUAAGAGCUUCUGGGUACGCCAUCGAACCUUAAAAACACAUUUGUCUUCUGCAAAGAACUUAGUAUUUUCAUUCAGACUGCCGGACUUCUUUCUUCUUGUUCAUCACAGACUUGAUUAAAGAGCGGAACCCACACAACACGCUCACUGUAACGGUGUCAAAUUAUUCAGGGCAUUUAAAUGCUAGAUCUAUAGAGCUAUGCAGCAACACACAGACGACGCAUCUCCACCACGUCACACUCGGCAGCUACGCAGUGCUUCUGGUGGAGAUGUUAACACAAGGCGAUAGUUGGAAUUACGUACCCUCGUAGAGACGAUGGGGCAAAGACACAGGAAACAAAUGGCUGAAUCUGUCAUCGGCCACCAAGAAGGAUCGGCUUCAUGUGGUCAAGCUUACCAAAUUUCGUCCUUGGUAAUAUUAUAUAUUGAUUUAACGGGGCGAGGGGCAGGAAUAACAGUUGCGGGCUGUCAAGUCAGAAGACAGAAGGGUGUUUGGGAAAUGCCUCCUGGCUGAAGAGCUGAAAUAGCUGUCGCAGGAAUUUGUUUUAUUGGAGUUCCGUUGGGAUCAGAUGAAAACCUUUUGGCGGUUCCAUCUGCUUUUCCAUCUUUGUUUUAAAUGGAAAAUAAAUUGGUACUUGUCCUCU